AUGUUUUCAAAUUGUCUAAAACACCGUGCUAUUAUUCGUACCGUGCCUAUAUUACGACAUAACUCUACUGCCACAGAACCUGUUGCUUCUCCUGUAACUGAAGAUCAAGCAACCAAGAAAAAGAUUUUAGAUCAUCCAGAUUAUUUUAGUGUUCAUAAUUUAUUCACAGUGAAAGAUUUGUUUGAUGCCAGAGUUCACUAUGGUCACAAAGAAGGUUCAUUGAAUGACUACAUGAGACCAUACCUCUAUGGAUCCAGACUUGGCCAUUUAAUAUUUGAUUUGGACAUCACUGCUGAACAUUUACGAAAAGCACUGAAUUUUACAGCACAUAUUGCAUACAGGGGAGGUAUCAUUUGUUUUUUCAACCGAAAUGCCCUGAAUGCCCAUUUGGUUGAAAAAACUGCAAAAGAAUGUGGGGAAUAUGCACACACAAGGUUCUGGAGAGGAGGCAUUUUUACAAAUGCAAACCAUCAAUUUGGAGCUGUAACUAGAUUACCAGAUCUAUGCAUAUUUUUGAAUACACAAAAUAACAUCUUGAACCAGCAUACAGCUGUUAGAGAUAGUGCAAAGAUGUUAAUACCAACUAUUGGCAUUGUGGACACCAACUGCAAUCCUAACCUUAUCACUUAUCCAGUGCCAGGCAAUGAUGAUACUCCAGCAGCCAUAGAACUAUACUGCAAGUUAUUCAAAGCUGCCAUUAUGAGAGGCAAAGAAGAAAGAAGGAAAUUUUUACAAGAAAACAACUAA